AUGUUUGCCGACGAUACAACGUUAACUGUAUCUGGUAAAUCUCUUGAUGAUGUAGAAGUUGCCAUCAAUCACGAUCUUUCAAACGUUAAUCAGUGGCUCUGUGCAAAUAAACUAUCUUUAAAUCUCGUUAAAACUGAGUACAUACUAAUUGGAUCACGGCAUAAUAUUAAUAAUAUAUUGGCUACCCCAAAGGUAUUUGUUGGUGACAUACCAAUUAAAAGG